CGAGCAGACAGGCAUAUCCAGCAAAUGAAAACAAAAGAAUAUAUAAUCAAGACUGUGUUGGGAGAGGGCAAAUGGAUUCUUUUUAAUAGGUCACAGCAACUACUUUUAUUUAUCUCCUGUUGUUACUAGAGAGAAAAAUGUCUUCUGAUAACCAGUGGUCAGCAUAUGAGGAUGAAAACCAAUUAUCCCGACUGAUGAAGAAAUCUAGAGACUCCCCUUUUGUUCCUGUAGGUAUAGCAGGCUUUAUGACUGUGGUGUCCUAUGGCCUUUACAAGUUAAAGUACAGGAGAGAUCAGAAAAUGUCCAUUCAUCUUAUUCACGUAAGAGUUGCUGCCCAAGGAUUUGUUGUAGGAGCUGUGACUUUAGGUGUUCUCUAUUCUAUGUAUAAGGAUUACAUUAGACCUCGAUUCUUCAGUGUGUCCAAAAAAUGAAGCUAUAUCCUGGA